UACAGAGUUCCGGAGUGGAGAGUGAGACUGCAGUGCCCGUGCUUUGGGUGGGGCACUGGGGCUCCAUGUCUGCGUUUAAUGAAGGGGGACCUAGGACUGCUCUGUCAUCAGCAUGGGAUCCAGCACAAAAUCCACAAGGGAGGUCGUCCUGACAUUCUGGAUCACGUUACGGCUGUUCCUCAUCUGCUGCCCAGGAACAGAUGCUCUACCAGGCAGCAAGAACGAGGCACCGGCGGCAACUAUUGAGGCGCUACUGGGUCAAAAUGUCACCAUCCCCUGUCUUCUAAAUGUCAACAGCGCUAAAGAUCUGUAUCUGAGAACUGUCAGCGUACGCUGGUCUCUCACAACUGCAAAUGGAAGUGAAGUAUCUGUGUAUCGCUAUGACAAGCUCCAACAUGACCCAAUCAGGAAAGGCUCGAAAAUAGAGGACAGCAACCUCAGAAAAGGCAACGCCAGUCUCUGCAUACCACACCUACAGCUCAGCGAUGAAGGGAAAUAUAAAUGCAUCAUUAUUGCUACGCCUGAUAAAGCAGAGGCUACCUCUAACGUACAGUUGUCAGCUAAGCCAGACUGUGUCCUGAGUGUCCCCGAGCUGGAGCUGAAUCCUGGCGCUGAGAAGUCUGUUACAUGCUACGUCAGACACUAUUACCCGGGAUCCGUGGAUGUACAUUGGGUGAAGUACAGUAAAGGUCCCUCCGAGCAGUAUGCCCUGGAUAGCGAUACCUGCAUCACUGUUCCAGAUGAGAAUGAAGACGGAACCUUCAAUGUCACUAACAAGCUGUCUGUGAGACCUAAGAGCCGACGUGAGGACGGAGAGAUAUAUUCCUGUAUUGUGACCCACAGAUCACUGAGCACCCGAAUUACUGCUAACUUUACUCUGUCAGUGCGAGAGGCAGACAUUGUUCCCACUGUACUUGGGACAUGUAUACCAAUAUUCCUGCUUCUCCUAAUUGUAGCUGCAACAGGCCUUUGUCUAUGGUAUAAGAAAGAAAUACCUGAGGUUUCAUCAAUUGCGGCAACUGAAUUUAUUGAACUAAGCCAUAUGAAGAAGACAACUCUGUCCUGUCAUAUAUCAGGUUUCAGACCAAAAGCUCUCGACAUAGGGAUAUUUCUCCAGAGAGUCGCUGAUAUGAACAGGAGGGAGAUAUAUACCUGGAAUUCCAUAAACUCAGUAAGAGCAAGUCCCAACACUGGGAAUGUCAGUGAACCUCUCCUGGAACGUGGUUCUAUUAAUAAUAAUAAACCAUUGCAAUUGUACAUGGAAACUAUUAUGUCAUCGACAAAACAGGGAAAGUUAUUCUCACAUUUCAGCUGUCAGUGCUCUAUACAUAUCACUCCCACCUUUGGAACAGAUGACGGUGCGCUCCUCGAGGUAGAAGUGAAGCACACCUCACUGAAAGAGCCUGUAUGUAGACAGGUACGACUGAAGGUGAUCGGAGCUCCUCCCAUAUUAUCCAGCAUCAUCGCCCCACAGUACCAGCGGCACGGGGAUCAUGUGAAUCUUACUUGCCGCAUGACGAAAUUUUACCCGGAAAAGAUACAUGUUACCUGGGUGAAAGAGGAUUUGCUGAUGCACAAAGCACCACUUGUGAUGUAUGAAGGAGACAAAAAAUAUGAAGCCAAAUAUGAAGUAAAAAACGAGAGCGACAACGAGACGGUUUCCUGCAGCUUGUUCUCGACAUUGGGAUUUAUUAUAGAUGUGAAGGACGAUCAUGGAGUGAAAUACAUUUGCAGAGUCAAACAUCUCGCAACAAAUCACACAGCACAGUCUGACAUGGAGAUGUACGUUACAGCUGAACCAGUGUUGGAUCCAGUACAGAGCAACCUCAACGGGGACCAGAUGGAGCUUUCCUGCAGAAUUCAUUCAUUUCACCCGCAACACUUACAAGUUACGUGGUGCAAGGAGAAUGAAGUUUUGUCAUCUACAGAGACGGUAGCCAACACAGACAAUAGAGGACUCUUUUAUGUCACCAGCUCUGUGACCUAUACUGUUAGAUUGGAGGACUUUGGGAGAAUAUUUAAAUGUAAAGUUGAUCACCAGAGUUCAUGCCCUCGAAGUGUUGAAUGGAAAUUGGAACAAGCUGGGGAACAAGGUAAAGAAAAUCCAAAUGGAGACAGUAUUGAAGAAUAAGCCCUAUUGUGAAGAGCACACAUUGGGAGAGAUAACAGCAGAUACCAUCCAUCAAUUGCUCGCUAGCCUAAUAUCAAAGAGCAGAACCUAGUAAUUACCAGUCCAAUAUACAGAUACAGAGCCUAUUACACUAUGCCACCGCCCAGGGAUGCCCUCUUUGCCCACAACACCUGUGACUGCGCAUCUCCUGUACACCUCGAAACGCAAGUUCGCCUUUGUGCACAAGGUAUCUGUACGCAGUGCAACAUCGACCUAAUUCCUGCCGCCCCUUUUUAAAAAAAAAAUAAAUUUUCAGUGCCCCCCUGGAAAUCUACCUUCUUUAAUCGCACAAACAGAAAGAUGCAGUGCAUUUGCUGUCAGUAAUCUGUAUUCUGCUCAACGAUUCUUACCAGCAUGAUGGAUUACUAAUCUGCGGAGGUCAGAUGUUCAAGAUGUCUGUCAGUCUCCCCGUAUUCUCCACUGUCCUUAGUGUAUUCCUUUGCGUGAACCCUGAUGUUUUCCCUCCAUUCCAGACACUGGAUGCCACCAUGACGCAUGCGAUCAGCUGACUUCAGAUU